CACAGCGAAGAAACAAAAGGAGCCGAACAAACUACCUGCGCAUCUCAUCUUUUCUUAAAGCAUUAGCGUCAUCAUUCAUCCCGACAAUGAUAAAGGGAAGUACUUGCUGUAUGUGCACUCUGUAAUCUUACAUUGCCCGCUCCCCCUCUAACGCGAAUUUUUUGAGAUUGUGCAAUUCCUUCUGACCGGAAAUGAUAAACGCGUCAGAGGAAAGACUAGAAUCGAAUAAAAGGCUCGCUCGAUAACUUCAAUCGACAAAGAGCAACCUAUCGAAGUGGACUUGCGAUACUUGCUGCGCCUCUGUCGUCUGGCACAAGGAAUUAUGGGCGUCGCGGUCCUGCUCGCCUCGAUGGCCGUCGGCUGGUGCAGCCUGGGGGUGGCGUCGGCGUGGAACAACCCCGACGGCUGCGGCCGGACGCCCAUAGCCCCGGCGCUCGAGAGCCGCGAGGACCGGGUCGUGGGCGGCCACGAAGCGGUGCCCGGCAGCUGGCCGUGGCACGCCGGACUGCACAGCAGCCCGUUCUUCGAGAGCGCGUACUUCUGCGGCGGGGCGCUCAUCUCGGACCGCCACGUGCUCACCGCCGCCCACUGCCUCGAGUACCGUGCGGCCGACAACGUGUUCGCUCACGUCGGCUCACACAGUCGGAGCAGCCGUGACUUGACGGAACAGUACGUGCGCGCCGAACACCUCUGCAUGCACGUUGACCCCAAGAUGGACAUCGGGAUAGUCAAGCUUUCGAGUAGCGUAAACUUCACGGACACCGUUCGACCAGCGUGCCUGCCUGAACCUGGUUCCGAAUUGGCUGAUAGGACGACGCUCUACGUCACCGGCUGGGGACAGACGGACGAGUUCGAUCCCGGUUCUCGACCGGAGGGGCUUAAGCAGGUGAUGACCAAGAGCGUGGCCAACGAUCGCUGCGUGAAGGAAUUCCACGAAGUACCGGACUACCUGCUGUGCGGCUCAUUCGAAGACGGCACUCCCUGCCAGGGUGACAGUGGAGGACCUCUGGUUCGCAAGGGAGACGACGGUGCCUGGGUUCUCGAAGGGAUCGUCCACAAGGGCGGCGAGCUGUGCAAAACCUUGAGCAACACGAGGGCCAUGCGCUACGUGAAGGUAUCCCACUUCGUUAACUGGGUGGACGAUUACAUGCGAGCGGACGCUGAAGGACGCGCCGAUAGUUUCUGCGACAUGGCGCCGAACUUCAAGCUUGACCGAGGAGUCUGUGGCAGUUUAGUGCUCACAUGGCAGCGGACUGAAUUCUGCAUCGUUCAGGAGACUUGCGACUGGGAGUCCGAAGAAGAGGAACAUAGUUUGAUCGUGGAGGAUCUUCGUAGAGGCGUCGGCGUCGGCUCUCGCCAAAACAUGGUUAUGUCAUCGGCUGGUGGCGCCGUUGCCCUGGCGCUGGCUUUCUGGGCAGCUGGGCUUGCAGAGACCAGGUCCGCGCCAACCUUUGAGCAGUGCGGAAGGCCGGCCAUCGAACCAGUGCUAAAUGCCGAGGACAGGAUCCUGGGCGGCACUGAAGCAGCUCCCGGAAGCUGGCCUUGGCAGGCUGGCUUCCAGCUGCACCAUAAUUUGAACUUCGAGCGCCACUUCUGCGCCGGCACGCUAAUUGACAGACGCCACGUGAUCACGGCCUCGCAUUGCGUUCGGUAUCUUCCUCCAGUGGUACAUUUCCUAAUUCGGGUGCACCUGGGGUCUCACUCAAGGGAAGCCACGGACCCAGGAGAAAUACACGUUGGUAUAGAGCACGCCUGCGAGCACAGGGCUUCUUUCAAGACAUACAACGACAUCGCCAUCAUCAAGCUCGACAGAGACGUUCCCCUGAGCCGGUUCAUCCAGCCAGUCUGCCUGCCUAAAUACUCGCUCAACGACACCUUGCCAGGAAACACCGAACUUUAUGCUACUGGCUGGGGCAAGAUUGACGGGGACACGGACGGGGGCAUGGCCGACGUCCUGCGGCAGCUGGAGACGCGGACGCUGACCGCCGACGAGUGCCAGCAGCGGCUCAGCGUCAAGUUGCUCGACACCAUAAUCUGCACCGAACACGUAGCCGGCUCCACUUGCCACGGCGAUAGCGGAGGGCCCCUGGUGCGCCGAGACGGUAACGGCACCUGGUUCUUGGAAGGCGUCAUUUCCGGAGGCCCACGCGUGUGCGGCAACACCAGAACGCCCAUGCGGGCGACGCGAGUGUCCCGCUACGUGCGCUGGAUUGAAGAGUACCGCCGUCGCGACGCCGAGGGAACGCUCGAGGACUUCUGCAAACCGACCGACGUCAAGGGUGUCGCGGAACCAUCCGUGUGAACACGGACAACUUUGUAGGUUCCAAUAAAGCGCAUGGCUUUCUGGAGCCCUAUACUUCAACUGCA